GCCUCCACCAUCAUCGCCCCGCCACCAGCAGGCAGCAGCAGCUCCACCCUCGUCAGCCAGGCACCCUCGUCUUCGCCGCCGGCAGCCCGGGAAUGCCGAAGGAAACCUCUUCUGUCCCUCGCACGACCAUCGGAUGCCUUCCCCGGCGGUGACCUCUUCUUCUCCUCUCACCCGCGAACAAAACCCAAAAGAAUAACACAGAUCAAAAACAAAAACCAAAAUCAAACCCUCAAAAUUCGACAUGCAAAUGAGAGAUAUGCGAUUUGGGGAUUUUGUGGUUUGGGGAUUUUUCGAAAAGAUGAGAGAUAUGCGAUUUGGGGAUUUUGUGGUUUCGCAAACCAGGGAAAUAAAUGGGGUGGUGGGUCUGGCAGGGUGGCGACGGGAACGACGAGCAGUAGAAGUAGUCUCUGCUCUGGCACAGUGGAUGCUGGGAAGUUGAUGAUACUGGGAUUGCUCGGCGGCUGGUUAUGGCCAAGCCCCCUUCAGAUACAGAGGCUGGUGGUUGAAGGGAUUUGGGAUUUGUGGUUUCCGAUCUGGAAAAAGGAGAAAGAUGGGAUCUAUGUGGCGGAAGGUAGUGGGGAUUUGGGGUUCUGGAUUUUUGGUGUUGUUGUUGACGAACAGUAGAGAGGAAGAUGGGGAAAGAAGGGAUGGAUUUUUCUAGGUAAAUGGGAAAGGAAUGGUGGGUUUUGAUGUCGGUUCUCGGUCGGUUAGACCAUUGAACCGAACCGUACACCAGUCUGUCGGUUGCCCCGGUUUAACCGCGUCUAAACCGAAAACCGUCAGGUCGGUUUGCGGCUAAUCGGGGCGCUGAGGUCGGUCGGUGGCCGGUGGCUUCAGGUCAGGUCUCGGUU